AUGCAGGCGGAGACGAAAGAAAACGGUCUCCGCUCUUUCUUCCUCGUCGCAGCGCAGCACCGCUUCUUUACAGAACCAUCCCCCAAAGCUGGUAACUGCGAUCCUUCAGCACACUCGAGAGCUCGCUCGGCGGCGGUGACCGGCGUUAUGGAUCCGGCGAGAGUGAGCCAGUUGAAGCAUUUCGUCGACAUGUGCAAGUCCAAUCCCUCCGUCCUUGCCGAUCCUUCUCUCUCCUUCUUCCGCGACUACCUCGAGAGCCUCGGAGCAAAUCUCCCUCCCUCGGCGUACGGGCCCGGCGGCUCCAAAUCGAAGGACCAUGUCGUGGAGGAGAGCGAUGAGGACAUGGCUGACACUGAAGCAGCAGCGCCGAAAGUAGAAGAGGAAGAGGAGGAUGAGAUAAUUGAGUCAGACAUCGAGAUUGAAGGCGAGAUUGUCGAGCCUGAUAAUGAUCCUCCUCAGAAGAUGGGUGACCCGUCUAUUGAAGUUACUGAGGAGAACCGUGAUGCAUCUCAAUCGGCGAAGGCGCAAGCUAUGGAAGCUCUUUCUGAAGGUAACUUGGAGAAGGCGGUUGAGCAGCUUACAGAGGCAAUUACCUUGAAUCCAACCUCAGCAAUUAUGUAUGCAACUAGAGCUACUGUGUAUAUUAAGAUGAAGAAGCCAAAUGCUGCUAUAAGGGAUGCCAAUGCUGCUCUGGAGAUUAAUCCAGACUCUGCGAAGGGCUACAAAUCCCGGGGUAUGGCUCGAGCAAUGCUGGGUCAGUGGGAAGAGGCUGCAAAGGAUCUACAUGUAGCAUCAAAAUUGGAUUACGAUGAAGAAAUAAGUGCUGUGCUUAAGAAGGUUGAACCAAAUGCUCACAGAAUCGAGGAACACCGCCGGAAAUAUGAUAGGCUGCGCAAAGAAAGGGAAGAAAGGAAACUUGAGCGUGAGAGACAGCGCCGUCGUGCAGAAGCUCAAGCUGCAUAUGAGAAGGCAAAGAAACAAGAGCAAUCUUCUUCUAGUAGAAAGCCAAGUGGAAUGCCUGGUGGAUUUCCAGGUGGGAUGCCUGGAGGAUUUCCUGGGGGGAUGCCUGGAGGUUUCCCAGGGAGCACACCUGGAGGGAUGCCUGGAGGUUUCCCAGGGAGCACGCCUGGAGGGAUGCCUGGGAAUGUUGAUUUUAGUAAAAUCUUGAAUGAUCCCGAUCUGAUGACUGCUUUCAAGGACCCAGAGAUCAUGGCUGCUCUUCAAGAUGUGAUGAAGAACCCUGCUAAUCUUGCCAAGCAUCAAGCAAAUCCAAAGGUAGCUCCUAUCAUUGCUAAGAUGAUGAGCAAGUUCGCAGGUCCCCAAUGAGGUACUUGGUAACACUUCCUCUCAACUGCACAGCCACAGCGAGAUGGUUUGGUAUGUGUAGGGCUUCCAGCAGUGCUGGUGAAUAGAAUUGCUGCCAUCUCACGAAUCUACCUGUGAAUUUCUUCUGGUAUCUACUACCCUUUUGACCUUCAUCUGGUGCAUCUGGAGGGUUUAUUUUAUUGACAGCAUAAUUAACGAGUGCUUAUCUGCCUGUGUGCUUUUACCAUAGACAAAACUGUAACAGUACAUAUCCCUUGUUGGUUUCGUCGAACUUUUGGCAUCGCUUGCAACUUUUGUAAUUUGUUUGCUUUAAGAAUUGUAGAGUUUGAUGAACUCAUGCUACUCCUUGUCUGGGGUUUCAUAUUGCACGAGAUUUCCUUACCA